AUGUCAUCAGAAAGUGCAGUUAGUUUUCUACUCAACAAGAUUUAUCCUUUUUUCGCAAAUGGAGUUCAAAUCUGGAGAGGGGUUAGAGAAGAACUUAUUUACUUAAAAGGGGAAUUGGAGCGCAUGAGAGCCCUACUGAAGAAUGCAGACGCAAUUGAAGAAAGUGAUGAAGAACUCAAAGUAUGGGUUAAGCAGAUACGAGAUGUUGCUCAUGAUGCAGAAGAUGUUAUAGAUGAAUUCACACUCCUCCAAACAUAUCACAAUCAUGGGCACUCACUAUAUUGCGCUUUAGACUUGCUUUCUUGCUGUGUUAAGAACCUGAAAGCUCAUUAUCGGGUUGCUAAGGAGUUACAGACCAUCAACAUCCGAAUCAAAGAGAUCUUUCUAGUGCAUAAAAGACUUCUCCCAAAACUCAAUUCUGCUGCAAAUGGCUCCAUCUUUACCAAUUCAGGUAGAAGCACAUGGCAUGAUCGGCGAGAGGAUGCUCUACUUUUAGACAAUACCGAUGUUGUGGGCAUAGACGAGCCUAAAGACCUACUGGUCAGCUGGCUGGUCAACGGUGACUCUGGACGUGAAGUAGUUUCAGUGACCGGAAUGGGUGGUAUGGGGAAAACUACCUUGGUGAAGAAAGUCUACGAUGAUGUAGAAGUGAAGAAACGUUUCAAACCCCGUGCCUGGAUCACAGUUUCUCAGUCUUUUGAAGCACAGGAUCUCCUUAAAGACAUCAUUCGAAAACUCUAUUCAGAAAUUGGGAGGCAAGUUCCAGAAGGGGUAGAUGGCAUGAGUAGCCAUAAACUGAAGGUGAGAAUAAAGAACUUGCUGCAAAAAAGGAGGUAUCUGAUUGUUCUUGAUGAUGUAUGGCGCAUCAAUGAAUGGGAGACUGUCAAAUAUGCUUUUCCUAACGGAAAGCUUGGCAGCAGAGUCAUGAUCACCACACGUAACUCUGAUGUGGCAUCCACCUCUUGCUCAGAAUCCGGAGGUCAUGUCCAUGAGGUGAGACCCUUGCCUGAAAAGGAGUCUUGGAGUCUGUUCAGUAGGAAGGCGUUUCAGAGGAAGUCAUGCCCUUCUUAUUUGGAAUCAUUCUGUGAAGAUAUUCUGAAAAAGUGUGAGGGUUUGCCCCUUGCAAUCGUGGCAAUAAGUGGUGUUUUGGCUACAAAAGACGAGCGCAGAAUAGAUGAGUGGGAUGCUAUUUGCCGUAGUCUGGGAGCUGAAAUCCAUGGCAAUGAUAAACUUGAGGAUUUGAAGAAAGUCCUUUCUCUCAGUUUUAAUGAUCUGCCCUAUAAUCUGAAGGCAUGCUUUUUGUGCUUGAGCGUCUUUCCGGAGGGCCAUCUGAUUAAGAGUAUGAAAAUCAUUCGCUUAUGGAUAGCAGAAAGAUUUGUUGAAGCUAUAGAAGGUAGAACACUGGAGGAAGUAGCUGAGGACUACCUCAAGGAGCUCUUGAACAGAAAUUUGAUGCUAGUAGGAAGCACAACAAGUGAUGGGAGGGUCAAAACUUAUCGCGUUCAUGGCCUUUUGCGAGAGAUUAUUGUCUCAAAAUCAAGGGAUCAAAACUUUGCAGCCAUAGUGAAGGAGCACAACACAAUCUGGCCUGAUAGAGUUCGACGCCUGUCAAUACAAAAUGUAUUGCAAACUGUACAACAAAGCAGGUCAUUUCCUCAACUUCGUUCCUUGUUUAUGUUUGGGGCCGUUUCAAGGUCAUCAAUGCGCAAAUAUCUUUCCAAUGGCUUUAGGUUGCUUAAGGUGUUAGAUAUUGAAGCUGCACCGAUAAAGACAUUUCCAAGAGAGAUCAUGGAUCUCUUUUAUUUGAGUUAUCUAAGCUUGAGGAAGACUCAGGUGAAAGUCAUUCCCAGAAGCAUAGGGAAUCUGCAGAACCUGGAGACAUUGGAUCUUAAACAUACUUAUGUCUCUGAGUUGCCUGUUGAGAUACUAAAGCUCCAAAAACUUCGCCACCUCCUGGUUUAUCAUCUUAAGAUUGAAUCUUAUGCACACUUCUAUUCCAAGUUUGGCUUUGAGGUCCUCUCAAGUAUAGGAGAUUUGCAGUCCCUGCAAAAGCUCUGUUUUAUUGAGGCAAAUCAAGGUUGUGGAAUGACAAUCAGGGACUUAGCUAAGCUCAAGCAACUUAGGAGGUUGGGAAUCAUAAAAUUGAGAAAAGAAGAUGGAUUGGCUUUGUGCUUGUCGCUUGAAAGUUUGACCAAGCUGCGUUCAUUUUCUGUAAAUUCUGCGGGAGAGAAUGAGAUAAUUGAUCUCCAACACCUGUCUUCCCCUCCUCAGUUUCUUGAACGACUAUACCUGACAGGUCGUUUGGAAGAGUUACCAAGUUGGAUACCUUCACUACAUAGCUUGGUGAAGUUAUUUUUGAAGUGGAGUCAGUUAAAGGAUGACCCCAUGGUCCUUCUUCAAGAUUUGCCCAAUCUUGUUCAUCUUGAAUUGCUUCAGACUUGUGAUAAUGACAUAUUGUCAUUUAAGGGUGGAGGAUUUAAAAAGCUUCAGGUUUUGGGUCUUGACAAAUUUGACAAGCUCAGUUGCGUGAAGGUGGAGAAGGGAGCAAUGCCAUGCCUUGAAAGGCUGACAAUCCAACGAUGCAAGUUGUUGAAGAGGGUACCAUCAGGAGUUCAAAACCUUGCCAAACUGAAAUCACUUCAGUUCUUUGACAUGCCAUAUGAAUUAAUCUCAAAACUGCUGCCAGAUGGAGAAGGUGAGGAUUAUGAAGAUGUUGCACAUAUCCCGGAAGUUUAUUCAGCCUACUGGAGAGAUGGUGGUUGGGAUGUCUACCCAAUAGACAGUUUCAAGGAGAUAAAAAAUAGUCCCUCAUCAGCUGGUACUGUUAGGAGAAGCCAUGAACUUCGUCCUCUUUGGAAGGUAUAG